GGGCGUGGGGUGCGGGCGGUGCUGCGGGCGGCCGCGGCAGAGCGGAGCGGAGGCUGCCCGGCCGCCGCCGCCGCCUCUCAUGCCUUCACGGCAACAAAGAACGCGCUGAGCGGCGGGCGGAGGCGCCGGGCCCCUGGCUGUGCCCCGGCAGUGCCAGCGCGGAGGGCGGCGGGAGACGAUGGCGAGGAAGGGCGAAGCCUCCGCACAUCUCUACGGUGAACCAAGGAAAUUUGACCCAAAGUUCAGAGGACCUGUUCAUAGCAGACGCUGCACAGACGUAAUUUGCUGUGUGAUCUUCAUAGUUGUCAUUCUGGGUUACAUUGCAUUGGGAGUUGUGGCUUGGGUGCACGGGGACCCCAGGAAAGUGAUUUAUCCAACUGACAGCUAUGGGCAGUUCUGUGGUCAGGGAGACACCCCCAAUGAGAACAAGACCAUUUUGUUUUACUUCAACAUUCUGAAAUGUGCCAGCCCCGUAGUGAUAAUAAACCUACAGUGCCCUACAACACAGCUUUGUGUCUCAAAGUGCCCAGACAGAUUUGCAACCUACUCUGAUGUUCAGGCUUCGUACAGAUAUAGACCAGAUCAGUGGAAUUACUUCAGGCAGUUCUGCAGACCUGGUUUUAACAAUCCUCGCAAGUCUGCUCCUCAAGUCCUACGUGAUGAAGAUUGUCCUUCGAUGAUCGUUCCAAGCAGGCCUUUUCUGAAGAGAUGCUUCCCAGACUUCUCCACGAAGAAUGGUGUGUUGACCGUGGCAAAUCAGACUACAUUCAAAGAUGGAAGAGGGAAAACAAGAAAUGUAACUGAUCUCAGGGAAGCUGCAAAUGGCAUCAAUAUUGUCCUGGAUGCAAGAUCAGUUGGAAUGAAAAUUUUUGAAGACUAUGCCAUUUCUUGGUAUUGGAUUUUAAUUGGGCUGUUCAUUGCAAUGUUGCUGAGUCUGCUGUUCCUUGUGUUAUUGAGGUUCACAGCUGGGGUUCUCUUCUGGAUUUUCAUCUUUGGUGUGAUUGGAAUUAUAGGAUAUGGCAUCUGGCAUUGUUACUGGGAAUAUGAUCAUCUUAAAGGAAUACCUGGAUCUGACCUCACUGUUUAUGAUAUUGGAUUCCAGACAGACUUCAAAGUGUACCUGCAACUGAGGCAAACAUGGUUAGCAUUUAUGAUAAUACUUUGUGGUGUUGAGGUCAUAAUCAUACUGAUGCUGAUCUUCCUAAGAAAUCGGAUCCGGAUUGCUAUUGCACUGUUGGAGGAAGGUAGUAGGGCAAUUGGCUAUAUAAUGUCUACACUAUUCUACCCAAUUGUCACCUUCUUACUCAUUGCAAUUUGUAUUUCCUACUGGGCUGUGACAGCUGUUUUUCUGGCCACAUCAGGAGAACCUAUAUAUAAAAUAAUGGCUAAUCAAACACUGUGCAAGUAUGCAAACCUGACUUGUGACCCGGAGACUUUUAACACAACCAAUGUGACUAAACUGUGCCCAGGUGCUCAGUGUACUUUUGCUUUUUAUGGAGGAGAAAGCUUGUACCAUAAGUACAUCUUCAUCUUCCAGUUAGCCAAUGCCUUUGUCUUUCUCUGGCUGGUGAACUUUGCAAUUGCACUGGGUCAGUGUACCCUUGCUGGUGCCUUUGCCUCUUAUUACUGGGCCUAUCAAAAACCAGCUGAUAUUCCACUGUGGCCACUCUUCUCUUCGUUCGGACGAGCAAUACGAUACCAUACAGGUUCACUGGCAUUUGGAGCCUUAAUUAUUGCAAUUGUCCAACUUAUUAGAAUAAUACUGGAGUACCUGGAUCACAAACUGAAAGGUACUCAGAACUCCUUCACUAGAUUCCUUCUCGGCUGCCUCAAGUGCUGUUUCUGGUUAUUGGAAAAAUUCUUAAAAUUUAUAAACAGAAAUGCCUACAUCAUGAUUGCCAUAUAUGGUAAAAACUUCUGCACCUCGGCUAAGGAUGCAUUCUAUUUGCUCAUGAGGAAUGUGGUGAGGGUUGCAGUUCUCGACAAAGUUACAGACUUCCUUCUGUUUCUGGGGAAAAUCCUUGUUGCUGGUGGUGUAGGUGUUCUUGCAUUCUUUUUCUUCACACACAGAAUACCAGUCUUUGCACAGGAAGUGCCAACACUAAAUUACUACUGGGUGCCAUUGUUGACAGUCAUCAUUGGCUCCUACCUAGUUGCACACGGGUUCUUCAGCGUCUAUGCAAUGUGUGUUGACACGCUCUUCCUCUGCUUUUGUGAAGACCUGGAAAGAAAUGAUGGAUCUACAGCAAAACCCUACUUCAUGUCAGCUAGCCUCCACCGAAUUCUAGGGAAGAAGAAACUAAGCCCUAAGAAGUCAGUGGAAUCAUGAAUGCUAAACCUCAACAUCAAAAAGUGUUUUCUAAGCAAAACGUGUAUAAAGUAGGCAAAAGUAAAACCUGUAAAUGAUGCUUUUGGUUAAUGGGUGAUUCUUUUUUCCUUUUGCUUAUAUAAAAAAAAAAAAAAAAGAGCAACAUUGGUAAUGUUUAUCUAGUUUAAAUGCUUAAACUAACAGCUGUGAAAACAUGGCCACAUUUUAGUUUAUAGAGUGCCUAUGAAAAGCAAAAUGUAAAUUUGAAACUUUUAUAAGUGUAUAAUGAUGUUUUAAUAACUUUUGUAAUACAAGUUGCUGCCUUAGAUGACAGCAGUUUUGAUAUAAUGUUUCUUCUUAUAAGUGUAUAUUUGUAAAAGAAAUUCAGGCAAUUUUUAAAAGCACUAAUGUAUAACCUAAUUAGCCAUAAAAAAGAUAGUUUGAGACUCUAGUUAAUGAGGAGAUGGUACUAAAUUUGUAAAUAUGGUGCUAUGAUUGUAUUUUUUGUACAAGCUAUUUCACGGCUAUUUAAACUGUGAUUAUACAUGCAUUAAUGAUUCCCUAAACUAAAAAAUGUAGUGAUAUUUUAAUCACAUCCACAAUUGCAUCUUUUAAGACAUGAUGGUACCCUGCAGGUCCCAAAGAAGGUAAUCAGAAAAGACUUUAGUUGAUACUGCUUAAAGUGAAGUUUUCUGGGAGUUGUGCCUAAAAGAUGAUAUAACUGAGAGAAGGUCCCACUGCAGCUGGAGUGAUUUGUGGUUCACACAAAUGAGGUUUCAUCUGGUACAAGAUGGUGAAUGUAUAGUUUUUAGCUGAUGUCUAAGAGAGAUGCACAUGUGUUAGUAUCCCCCUAUCUCUGGCAAGUCUCUGAUUGCAUUCUGUGUUACAAGAAAGUUGAUCCUCACUGAAAGCAAAACUAAAUGCAGUCUCUUUUUCAUUGAAAGUCUUUGCUCUGUGUAUGUGCACAAGGAGUUCCAUUGACCCUGCCUGGCUUAGGAGGGCUCCUCCCAAGACACUGGAGUGACUGUGCAGGUGCCCAGGGCCAGGGCUGUGCCUCCUGCACGUGGUCCCAGUGGCUCCCGGUGGCUCACACAGUAAGGCACUGGGACCCCAAACUCAAGUCUUCUCAUGGAACAGGAUGAAUUAUUCAAUUACUGAGAGAUGCUCCAGAAGAUUUAGUUUGCUUUUUGAUUGUUAAAUUUGCCCAGUCAUUAGUAUGAAGUCAUUGAUAGACCUGCUGGUAGAAAGCACAUUAACAUUUGGUGUGGUUUAUGACCCUCCCAGAGGUGGAACUGUCACUGCUCUGCUGAUGGAAAAAGUCUUAACACUGGGGAGUUUCUCAAGUCUGUUACUGCCAAGGCUGAGCUAAAAAGAUUUUAAUUUAUUAAUUUAUUAGCCUCCUGGGUGAGCCAAGGGUUCAGGCAUACUGAGACCUGCCCCUAGUUUUCAUGCAUUCCAGUAUACUGAAAAGUUAUUCCACUACAGUCCACUUUCCAGGAGUGGCAUGUGCCAUACAUUUGCCAGUUCUGUGAUGGGAGGUCAGCACCUGGAAAUACUUUGCUAACCCUAGAAGUCCACUGAUGUCACAAAAAGAAAUACAAAUUCUUUUCCUAAUGACUUGAAGCCAAGUUUCUGGGGAAACUGACCAUCCACAUCCCAAUGGGAUUUUACUCUCUAACUUGCUCUCUUUCUAACUUUGCUCUCUGGUUUGUGUUGGCUGUGGUCACUGCAAAGGCAGUGACACUGUCCUUCAUGCCAUGGAUCUGGGGUCAUGUUGAUGCACAAGUGACCACCAUCCACAUGCUUGCAGUCGUGGCCAUGGCAAGAUCUUGAAAUUCAGUGACCUGAGGUGCAAGUGGGAGUGUCCUUGUAAGCUUUCUCUGUGGUGCAGUGGUGGUGGAGCCUUUUCCCUGAAGCAAAAAUGAGGGAUUCAGUUUAAGACUCAAAGAAGGUAAAAUAAAGGCAUACAGCUCCAAAUGUAGCUACUGACUGUAGGCACCUUUCAAUUUCAGUAACCCCUCCUGAGAUACCCUAGAUACACUUGACUUUUGGAAAGGACUGAGAAUCCCACCUUUGGGAAAAAAAAAAAAGGACUUUUGAGGGAUGAAGUUUUUCAUUAUCAUCAUAAUCAUCAUCAUCAUCAUCAUCAUCAUCAUCAUCAUCAUCAUCAUUCCUUUCUCAUUAUGUACAUGGCAUGGAUUACACCCCCCCCUCAUAAUUCUAAUAUUUUCUGAAAAUUAAGUCAGUAACUUUUGGGGGUAUGUGUAACCAUUCUGUGAUUAAAAAAGCUGUUGGUGUCAUUACAAUCCAUAUUCCAAAGCUUUUUUUUUUUUUUUUUUUUUUUAAUACUACUGAUUAAUUUUCAGCUAAAGAAACUGCAUUACAUAAUCUAUAUUUCUACUGGACUUGAGUGUCUUACUGGGAGCUCAACUGAAAAAGCAUAUUUCUGAAUAUAGCUUGUUUUUUUAAUCAUAUGAAUGUAACCAGAGUUCACUAGGAAUAAAACAUAACAGAAAUAGUAUACAGUUAUUUGAUUAGAAAACUUUUGUAACAAACCUAUGCAUUUACUAAAGUAAUUUCUAAAAGUGAAAGUUUUAAAUUGUAUUAUUAUUUAUAUAUGGUAAAAAAAUAUAUAUGGAUAAAUUUGCUCCUCUCACUAUUUUGUGAAAGUAUUUAGAAUGUAACUGAUCAUCUUUUCUGAGAAGAAAAUUUAAAAGCCAUUAUCUUAUGAUGUAAUUAUGAGAACUGUGAAAAUACAAAGCAAUAUCAUGUAGAUUUUGUAAUUAAUAAAUUCAAUAAGUAAGUAGUAAUUAUUUAAUAUUAAAAUUGGCUUUAUAAAAAUAAUUUGCUAAUAAUUACUAAGUCAAAAUUAAUGAAAAUGUUUACUUGGGAAAGAUUCACCUAAGAUGUUACAAGGCUAUCUUAUUAUAAUGGUUACUAAUUAGUCCUGUGGGCCAGAGUCUGCAGAUGUGCACCACAGUGGAGGUACUGAUAUUGACAUUUAUGGAUUUGGACUUUGACUUUGUUGCUUGGUUUAGUAUAAAAUCCAGAAUUCCGGGGUGGAGCAGGUCAGACGUGCUGUGCUCGGUGCCCACAGGCUCCCGGGGCUCCUGCUCCCAGGGAGGAGCUGGGAAAAGCCCGUGGGGCUGAGGAAAGACCCUUUUGCAUGAGCAGAAAAAAAAAGAACAUUGUCAAGAUCAGGAACAAGCAGAAUGUAGAAACCAAGGCAGUAGAAUGCACCUGCUAUCACUUCCAUGAAAUCGCCUUUGUUUAGUUUGGUUUGGAGUCACUGUCUCUCCCUACAAAUUACUGAAUGGCUUUCAUUUACAUGUUUUAUACCAAAGUUUUAAUGUCAAGCCUUCAAAUUUUGUAAAAAAUAAACCAAAAACCAAAAAACAAACCCAGCAAAACAAACAAACAAAUAACCCCAUGGAAACUAAACACAGAAACGAGAAGAUAGGAUAACUUCUUCUGCUGAGGUGUUUUUUUUUUCCAAACAGUAUUCAGCAGAUGAUUCUUGGGUGGUCCAAGAAUGCUGAGUAUUCUUUUAAAUGUUAGAAUUUAAUGAAAUAUUUUACUAUUGCAUGUUCUGCUGUAGAACAAGAAAAAUAUUUUAGUGGAUGCAACGUCAGGCUGAUUCUGGAAUAGUCAGGAAGUGUUCUUCCACAAAUAGGCUGUCAGAGAAGUGAUUGUGAGGAAUAAACUGACUGGUUUUUGGGUAACCCAGAAUGUCUCCCUUUGACCAGUUGCUCAGCCUGGACAGCUGUGUCCUUGCAGACAAAGUGCCUUACUGGCUGUUACUUUACCUGGCUUACAUUUUGAAAUUCAUUUAUAUCAUGUAGACUACAAAACAGAAAAGGCUGGAGAGGAAAACAAACAUUUUAUUUCAAAUUGACUAACAGAAAAACUGUAGCGAGGAUGUCGGAUGUGUUUGCACUGUGUGAUGCAGCAUCCAUCACUUCCCUGUUGCUAUUGUCAGAUUAGGAAAGUUGAUGGUGUGGUCUGGAAGAAAACAUGACAAUAGUGUUGCAAGACUGUUCCAUUUUUUUACAGAUUUUUUUUAAAUAGCUUUAAUUUGUGGUAUAGUGGACUUCUGAGUAGGGCCCGUUCUGCUUUCUUUACAAUGAUCAUGUGUGUUGUACCUAUGUAACUGUGGUAGAACUGGGCUCUUGCUACUUACAACAGAAGGAGUAAAGCUGAAAAUUACAUAUAUAUUACUGUAAUAUAUCUAUCUGCCUGUUUAUAAGCAUUAAGAUCCUUCUCCAUUUCAAGACUGAUAAUUUCCUACUCUGGAACUGUUUUAUAAAUUGUUCUAAAUUUUUUUAACUUUUGAUACAGGCAAUGAUUUUUGGGGUAGUAUGUAAUUUGUACUUCACUGUAAGCAAUUAGAAAAUGAGUGUUUCUUCAUGUUCAAGUAACACUAGUGCUACUAAUAUUAAAAUUGUCUGUUACUCUAUGCUACAAAAUGUCUACAUGCAUGUGUUCCAAAUAAUGAAUUUUAAAACCAUAAAAAUGGCUCUUUGAGGUUUAAGAAAUGAGAGGUAGGUUACUGUUUCAUUAAUAUGAUUCUUAAGAUUGUAUUGUUUUGCUGAAACCGAAUUAACACGAGAAUGGUGAUUUGAGCUCUAAACCCUGUUUGCUUCUGCUAUGCAGAAAUAUAAUCCCAUUGUUUAAAUAUCUUUGAUAACGGAAGAGCUUAAUUUUGUUGUUACUUCACCGUUUUACAGUUCUUGGGGAUUGUUCUAAUAAAAAUUUCGAUGUAA